UAUGCUAGCUAAUUAGAUCCUCCUAGUCAAUAAUCACUAUAGAAUAGAUCAAAUUGGGAUCAUAAAACAUAUAGUUGAGGAGAGAACAGAAAGGAAAACAACAUAGAAUAUACCAAUAUGGCCAUGAAAACACAUACAGGAGAUCAGCUAGAAGUUAAUCACAAGAAAGUUCCUUCUGUCCAAGAAAUGGCAAAGAAGAAACUUGUAAGGAUUCCUUCUCGAUAUGUACGUGACGAUCAGGAACGUUCAGUUGCAUCAUCAAAUAGGGAAGUUCCAGUCAUUGAUAUGCAACGAUUGAUCAACUCUAACGAUCAUGAUGACUCCAUAAAUAUCGAGCUACAGAAGUUACACUUUGCGGCCAAAGAAUGGGGUUUCUUUCAGUUGAUAAAUCAUGGAGUUAGUUGUUCAGUGGUGGAGAAGAUGAAGCAUGAGAUUCAAAAAUUCUUCGAUCUGCCAUUGGAAGAAAAGAAGAAGUUUGAAAUAUUGCCAGGGGAUACUGAUGGAUUUGGACAACACUUCGUUGUCUCUGAUGAGCAAAAGCUUGACUGGGCUGACCUCUUUGCCUUGAAGACUGCACCUCCAUAUUUACGGAGGCCUAUAUUUUCCAAGCUUUCCCUUUCAUUUAGAGCGACAAUUGAAGAGUACUCAGAAGAAGUAAAGGAGCUAACCAUGAAAGUUUUGAAAAUGUUGGGUAAAGCUGUGGGGAUUGAAGAAGAAGAAGUGAAGAGUCUUUUUGAAGAAGGAAUGCAAUCAAUGAGGAUGAAUUACUAUCCACCAUGUCCACAACCAGAGCUUGUGAUGGGCCUUUCCCCUCACUCUGAUGCAUCUGCUUUAACAAUUCUUCUUCAAGUCAAUGAAACUGAAGGUCUUCAAGUUAGGAAAGAUGGAAUUUGGAUUCCCAUUAUACCUCUUCCUAAUGCCUUCAUAGUCAAUAUUGGAGAUGUUUUUGAGAUUUUCUCAAAUGGAAGAUACAGGAGCAUAGAGCAUAGAUCAGUGGUGAGCUCAGAAAAAGAAAGGAUUUCAGUAGCAACAUUUCAUGGUCCAAGAUGGGAUGGUGAAUUAGGUCCAGCAAAUAGCCUUGUUACCGCUAAUGGUCAACCAGCAUUCAAGAAAAUCGGAGUCGAUGAAUUUUAUGAAGGAUAUUUCAAUCGUGAACUUGUCGGGAGAACAUAUGUGGACACCAUGAGAAUCACCAGUACUGAAGAUGAUCUAAAGAAUGCUAGCUAGUAGUUGUAUAAAUGGUGCGUAAGUAAAUCCUUUGAUUGUGAAAGGAUGAAAACAAAAUUAAUACCCCGCGAUAUGUGUUGGAUAUUAUAAAUAUUAUUAUAUCGGAACUGUAUAACAUUCGGAAAUUUGCAAUUUUAGUACAUUGAAAGAAAGGAGGAAAAAAUGGAGUUGCUUUG